CGUUUGAAUAUAACAAAUGCGCUCGUCGUCGCGAUUGUUAAACGUGAUAGUGCGUCGCGAGGUUUCCGUCUACUCGUCUCCGUUUGCGGUGUUUUGCAUUUACGUUUGCGCCUGCCGUAUUAUUUUGUUGUAUAUACCCGUAUUCAACAAGUGUUUGAAGUUAUAAAAAAUUAAUUUCAAAACGUUUUAUGAAUUUCAUAUAAAACUUCAUUGAUAAUUACGAAAAGAGUGGAAUUUUUAAAGUUGUAAUGUUUCUCUGUGAGCUGUGGACAAAUGAUACGCCAUAAAGUUCAUGAAAUAACCACAAAUUUAGAAGUGUUUUGUAUGUGAAUUAUGUUUGAAUGAAAAUGAAAUAUUUAUUUAUUACACUUAACUAUUAAUUUCUUAAAGGAAAGAAAAAAACAAGUUAUUUUAUUAAAUCAAACAAUUUUGCGGAACCGGAAAGUAUUCUUCAACACAGCAAUGGCAUUUGCGCUAAAACACACGCACAUACACACAUAUUAGCAGGCAUAACAGUAGGCCUGUGUAUGUGAUAAAGGAAAGGAAACGGAGUAGAAGAAAAGAACGAUAACGGAGACGUCCAUUUAAGAUCUUAAAGUCGCCUUUUACAUAUGCAUGGCAAGAAGUGAACGCCCCUAAAUAAUUUUUAAAUGCAAACCGUAAAGCGUGCGACAAAGAACAAAGAACUAAGCAACAGAAUAAAACAAAGAAUAAACGAAUUAAAGUGAAUUAUCAACCAGGCGGCAGUAAUUUGAAACAAAUACAAAUAACAAAGCAAAAGUCACAACUACUCUAACGGUACACAAAAAAUUAUAACAUUUUAUCGAAACUUAAUAAAUUUUACAACUCGCGUAAUAUAUGAAUAACCCUAAGGACAUACAUACCGACAUAUGUAGUUAGCAAUCGAAUGAAUUAUACAAGCGAACAGUUGUUUUUGUUAAUUUUAAUUUAAUUCAAUUAUAAUUUUUUUUUACUCUUAAAUUGAAUUUCAAUAAAAUAAGAGAAAGUACGAAAAAAACUCGAAAAAUAAUAGAAAAAAAUAUAUUUUAAUAAAAACUUGCGAACUUUUGAAAUAAAAAUCCCUUCACUCGGUUAGUGUUAGUUAAUUGUUAGUGAAAAUCAUAUCUUUUUGAAAAUCUCCAAAAAUGGCAAUGCUCGAGGCCCGGCCUUAUCGGCCAUUUAAAUCGAGCGAGGAAUAUUUGGAAGCAAUGAAGGAGGACUUGGCCGAAUGGUUGAGCACACUCUAUCCCGAUUUAAAUAUAAAAGCGGAAAAUUUCAUGGAUCGUUUGGAUACCGGAGUCGCACUAUGCAAGCAUGCGAACUAUGUACGUCAAGCAGCUGAGGAUUACUUGGCUCGCCGUCAGGCCCGCAACAAAUCGAUGACGCGCUCAAUGACUUCCGGCUCGGCUGGUCCCAUUCUAGCUAUGGGUAAUGUACACUAUUUGCCAGCAGCCAAAAGCGGUACAUUCUUUGCACGCGAUAAUGUAUCCAAUUUUAUAACCUGGUGCAGGAAAAGCCUUAAGAUAAUCGAGUGCCUAUUAUUCGAAACCGAUGAUUUAAUUAUGCGAAAAAACGAGAAACAUGUGAUCCUCUGUCUACUAGAGGUGGCGCGUCGUGGCGCAAAGUUUGGUAUGCUCGCGCCCAUGUUGGUACAGAUGGAGCGUCAAAUCGAUCGAGAAAUCGCCGCCGACAACAAAGCAAAUGGAAUAGGGUGUGGCACACAAACAGACAAUGCCGAUGCGACUGGCACACAAACUGAGAUCGGCAUCAAUACCGAUAAUGUCGCCACCGAGACCGAUAUGUUCGACGACAGCGAUUCAGAGAAUGAGGACGACGAUGAUAAUAGUAGCCCAAUGUUGAUGUAUGGACCACAACCGCAAAUUAUCACAAACGAUUUGAAGAGUUUGGAUGAGAUGGUCAGAGAUUUGGUUGAGAAAUGUACAUGUCCUUCACAAUUCCCGAUGGUACGCGUCUCAGAGGGCAAAUACCGAAUCGGUGAUACGAAAGUGUUAAUAUUUGUGCGGAUUCUACGCUCUCAUGUUAUGGUACGCGUCGGCGGCGGUUGGGACACUCUAUCCCACUAUUUGGACAAACAUGACCCUUGCCGUUGUAAAGCGCAACAUCGUUCAUCUGUAGCCGCGCGCCUUGUUCCACGCACUACAAAUCAAACAAACGGCGGCAUUGAGUUGCAUAAGGCUCAAGUUAUCUACGAACGCUCACCCCCCUCAACACGCAAACUCAUUUCUAACUUCAAUAGUCAGGCCGCCGCCGCUGCUGCCGCCAAUACAUCACUCCAAUCACCGCCCAUCACCAACAACAAUUCAUACAAUUUGUCCCCAAAUUACGGCAAUAACAACAAACAGAGUAGCCGCAGUCCAACACCACAACGCAAAUUUAUGAACAAUCACCACAAUCACGCCUUAAAUACAACAGAUAGCCCAAAUGGCGAAAAAUCACACACCACAAAUGGCACAACUGGCUGCGGAACUUUGCUGACCUCACCAAACUUGGCGGCCCGUCGUUCAAUGUCCCCGAGUCCACGUCGUUUGAUUGAUAUACGUAAGAAACAGAGCUCAUUAGACUCGAGUAACGGCAGUGGACCGAAAUCCUUGCCAAUAUGCACUGAAGGCGUUAACACUAAUAAUCACAUACACUUCGACGGCGUAUCCUAUAAUGUAGCCGGACAAGCUGAGAACGGCACCGCCACACAAACUGGCAACGGGCAUGCGGAAGGCAAUGCAAAUGGCACAAGCAAUAAAUUCGAGAAUAUCAGCGAUAACGGUAGUGAGAUCAGCGAUGAGGGUUACCGCAGUUUGGGUGUAAUACAAUCGAAUGCGCAGAAACGCGAGUCACUGCAUAGCCAAGCAUCGGUAGAGGACGCAGAUAGUAAUGCGCGUCUAGAUCAGACUUCUAGUGAUUCACAGCUCUCACCUGUCGAGGACUUGACCAUAUCAAAUAAAGCCGCCGAUCUUUUGGCCACAGAUUUUAACAGCACUCCCAUUGAGCUGCACUUGGAUGCGGGUCCACAAUCUCUGCCCGCUGUACUCACAACGCCACCACAGAAUUCUGAGGACAAUAAUCUGUCGGACAAUUUCGAACGUUCUGGCAUUUUUAUAACCGAUGAUGAAAUUACCGUAGACGUGGCAAGUGCCACAGGUUUGCGCAAAACAGGUUUCGCCAAUAAAAUUUUUGGUGGUGAAGAUGUAACUGAUGGCAGCACCGUUGCUACACCUCUGAAAGCUACCAAGGAGAAUGCAGAGAAAAGUAGCAAAAUACCGCGCUCACCCUUAGCUCAACGCCGACGUAGUCUCGACAAUAGCAACUGUAGUAGCGCCAGCAUGCAAGACCUUUCCACACGCACCGGCUUGCCAGUAUUCAACCGCAAACAGCCCGUUUAUCGAUCGGUGCGUCGUCCCGUUGCCGAAAUGAAUCGACAUAGCGACAGCGCUACCGCGCGAAAAUCAGCAACACCGCCGGUGCGUGAGGUGACUAACACUUGGAGUGGACGCGCGGCUGGAGGGAAAAAGCGCCCGACCCUCAAUGCAGACACAUUUAACGCAGCGCAUAGUGGCGCUACACCAACCGGUAAUUUGGCCUUCGAACGCAAUACACGUACACGCUCCUCACAAAUUCUGUACGAUAGUAAUGGCAGACGCGUACGCGGUUGCACUGCCUCACUCACCACAUCGCCCGUAAAGAAUUACACAACUUCACCGUUGGCGCAACAACUGUUGGAGGCGGCCAGCAGCGCUAAAAAUGAUGCGCAAAUUUUAGAAAAAAUGAAAGUAUUACUCUCACGCUAUUCCACCAACAACAGCGGCAGCGGUGGUGGUCAAAAUGGCAGAACCUCAACUGGCACUGGCAAUAUUAACAAUAAGAAACCCGUCUAUGAGGACUUCACCUCGGCCUGGGUGCAUAACAAUGGUAAUCUGGAGCGUUCCAAUAGUUGCUCGCCACCCACUAAAACUCUCUCGAAACGCAGCUCGGCUGCUUCAUCGACGGAGAGCACACAGUCACGUGAAGUGGCCUCGGUGAUUGUGUCGCCGCGCCGCGAUCGUGGGCUAUCCAAAAUUCCAGCACCAACCCGGCAACAUACCGAGCUUUACUAACACAGAUUGAUGCAAGUGCCCGUUAGUAGGGUGCGCCUACAGCAAAAGGCAAUAAUGUUGCAGCAACAAAAGAAAAGACAAAUGUAGAAGAGGAAGGGAGGAACGGGAUGAAAGCUGAGGAAGUUGUGUAGUUAGACAAAGAACUAAAAUGGAAAGUCCAUACAUACAUAUACACACUCGCAGAGAAAACGCUUGGUAUAUCCAUUCAAGCAAGAACUUUGUACACAUGUUUGUAUGUAUGUAUGUAGUUAGUUAGUUUUUAAGAACGCAGUAAGAAAAAAUAUAUUGUUGAUUUUUUGAGGUUAUGUUAUCCAAAAAAAAAAAGAAAUUUAAUUAUACCUUUUAUACGAAUACUAAUUUUUAUAUGUGAAUAAUUUAUGUAACGAAACAAAAUAGCAAUACAAUACAGUCAACACCAUGACAAUGUGAACAGAUUUCCGUUACAAUUUUUACGAACUUUGAAUUUUACUUUGAAGAAAAACUCUUGAAACAGUUUAAUUUCAUUUUUGCUUUGUAAGAUUUUAUUAAUGAUUUCAUAUUGUUGUUGUAUUUAUAAAGAAAUAUAUAAAUAUUUCAAAGCAUUACUGGUAGUAGUAAUCUGUGUGUACUGAAUGUUUGUACAAUAUGUAUGUAUGUUUACUGUGGGCCAAGCUUCCCUACUCAUAUUAUUAAAAUGAGACAAACAUAUUUUUAUAAAUAUACAAAAUAAACU